AGACGAGAAACUACGGUCGGGAUGGCUAUAUGGUUUUAAUGAAGAAGAGAAAUGGACGCACAGUCAGUUAUCGUCGGAAGUUCACUUCCAGACUACCUUGGAGGGUCUCUCAAAAGGAAAAUGGGGCGUUUCAGACUUUUCUCUUCCCAAAGAGACCCAACAAAUCGGCCAUUAGCGCGCAAGAUAAUUUACCAGUGGAAGCAGGAUCAAAGUUUUUCUUGCAAAGAAGUAGAUUGUGCAUCAUUAGUACAAAAUUUACAUAGCAAAAGAACGCCUCAUCUAGCUCAAGAAAUUCUACUGGAGAUGAAAUCCCAAGGCUAUGUACUCAACAACCCUACCCUUUCAGCUAUUCUGCUUUGUUAUGCUGACAAUGGACUUCUCCCUCAAGCUCAGGCUAUAUGGAAGCACAUGCUGAAUGGUUCUUUUACGCCUAGUAUACAAAUAGUUUCUAGGUUGAUUGAUGCUUAUAGUAAGAAGGGACAUUUUAAUGAAGUUAUGAAUAUCCUGGACCAGUUAAGUUAUAGUAAUUUCAGCUUGUUACAUGAGGCUUACUCUCUUGCUAUCUCGUGCUUUGGAAAGGGAGGACAGCUUCAGCUGAUGGAAAACGCGUUGAAGGAUAUGGUAUUGAGGGGCUUCCCAGUAGACUAUGCCACCGGGAAUGCUUUUAUCAGAUAUUACAGUAUUCAUGGUUCUUUGACUGACAUGGAAUCUGCUUAUAGUCGCCUUAAAAGGUCUAGACAUCUCGUAGACAGAGAAGGAAUCAGAGCAGUAUCACUUGCAUAUGUAAAGGAGAGAAAAUUUUACAGGCUAGGGGAGUUCUUGAGGGAUGUGGGGCUUGGUAGGAAAGAUGUGGGAAAUCUUAUAUGGAACUUUCUGUUGCUAUCUUUUGCUGCCAAUUUCAAAAUGAAAAGUUUGCAAAGGGAAUUUCUGAGAAUGUUGGAAGCUGGUUUCCACCCUGAUGUCACUACAUUUAAUAUACGAGCUCUGGCUUUUUCAAGAAUGUCUUUGUUAUGGGAUCUCCAUCUUACCCUUGAGCAUAUGAAACAUGAAAAGGUAUCUCCUGAUAUUGUGACUUAUGGUUGUAUUGUUGAUGCAUACUUGGAUAGACGACUAGGUAAAAACUUGGAUUUUGCCAUCAAAAAAAUGAAUUUGGAUGGUUCUCCAGUUCUAUUAACAGACCCUUUUGUGUUUGAGGUUUUGGGUAAAGGGGAUUUCCAUUCCAGUGCAGAGGCAUUUUUAGAGUUUAAGAGGCAGAGGAAAUGGACAUACAGGGAACUAGUUUCGAUAUACCUCAGAAAACAGUAUCGAAGUAACCAGAUCUUUUGGAACUACUGACCUGUGAUGUCAUGUCAGAAUAAUGAAAUUCCCCGACCUGUCAUCAAACUGAAAGGUGCUGGGGCUUGAUUCCCUAGAAUGCUGCUGUUCGAAUCAUAGUUUUCUGUGUGAGAAUAUCGCCCAAGAUGUGCAUGGUGAUGUGAUGCUGUCACUCAAGCUUGAUCCAAUUCAAGAAUGAUUUUUAUAAUUUUUAGAUGCCACGAUGGAUUUUCAGCUGUGAGGCUGAAAAUAAAAAUAUAGAGGUUGAGAUGGAGAAGCUGUAAAUGCCAUGCCAUUUUUCAUCAUGCAUAGCCGAAAUUUGUUUGUAGUUAAGGUUUUUCUUUUCCUUUUCUGAACUUCUAUUAACAGUUGAUAUAAAGGUUGGAAAGCAAAUAAAUGUAGUGUCAAUGACUUUUCGUUUUCUGCUUGCUGAGUGCAUGAAAAUGAAUAAUGAAAAUGCAAGACAUUAUUUAUAUUGUAAAAAGGGCACAGAAGGUCUUGGGGACCAGAAGGGGAGAUGGUAAGACAGGAAGUGUACCAGUAUAGAUUACUUAAAUCUCCUCAUCGUGUAUGUAAUAUAUUUGAGAUAGAUAUACAUUGCUGAGCUUCUGAUAUAAUUAGAAUUUGAAAUC